UAAAAUGUGAAGAAAACAACCUCGGGGGAAUAAAAUGACCCCAGGGCGUACGGGUAGGGUUAAGUGACCAAAGUACCGCGUAAAAUAGCUACAGCAAAACGUCGUGAAACAAAAAGCAGCCAGAAGAUGCAGGGUUGUAAAGAGCUUCACUCACGCACAGUAUGUUUUUCUUUUGCAGGUCGGCCUGAAGCUGGCCGAGACCAGCCCCCUAUGCUUCCUGCAAUGCCUGUGGGACAGGCGGAUCAGGCGGAUCCUGCAAUGCCUGUGGGACAGGCGGGUCCUGCAAUGCCGGUGUUGCAAGCGGAUCCUAUGCAAGUGGACUUACACCCUGACCGUCCUGAGCUUGCAAUGCCGGUGUUGCAGGCUGAUCAACCACUGGCAGCGAACGACCUUGGACAAUGCCAGGAACUUACACUAGUCAGCGGACGCCGUCGACUUUGCAAAAGGAGACGGCGUCUAUCACAGCCUUACUGCAGGCAGCACAGGCGACAAGAUGAGCUCCCUGCUCCUGGGAACGAGGUAGCGGCCCUGGAGGUCGUGGUCGGCCCUGCACCUCUUCCUGUUCUUCCUGUACCUGCUGCCUUACCUUUACCUGUCGAUCCUGCACCUGGUGCAGGUGACCUUCCUGUCGAUCCUGCACCUGGUGCAGGUGACCUUCCUGUCGAUCCUGCACCUGGUGCAGGUGAUCUGCCUCUUCUUCCCUUUCCUCUGCCUGUCAAUCCUGCACCUGUUGCAGGUCAUCUGCCUCUUCUUCCCUUUCCUCUGCCUGUCAAUCCUGCACCUGUCGCAGGUCAUCUGCCUCUUCUUCCCUUUCCUCUGCCGGUCAAUCCUGCACCUGUUGCAGGUGACCUUCCUAUCGAUCCUGCACCUGUUGCAGGUGAUCUGCCUCUUCUUCCCUUUCCUCUGCCUGUCAAUCCUGCACCUGUUGCAGGUCAUCUGCCUCUUCUUCCCUUUCCUCUGCCUGUCAAUCAUCUUCCUCUGCCUGUCCGUCAUCUUCCUAUUGCAGUAGACCACGCACCUCCAGGUGCCGACUACGCUCCCCCUGUCUGGCCAGGAAGAAAUAUACCAGGGAUGUUUCCCGUGCUCAUUGCGGCACCAGCUGCCUGGCAUCCACACGCUCCACCACCUAAUGGGCCCUUCAACUUCUUUGUCAUCAACCUGACAGCCAGGGACAUGAUGGACUUCCUCGGGCAGCCAGGGACAUGA